CAGCCAUGUUUGCCAGGCUUGUCCAGACAAGAAGCUUCAAGGAGAAGGAGCUCAUUCACAGCACCUACAAUAUCAGAGGAUGGUUCUGACCACCGCGGCCCUGCUGCUCUCAGCUCUUCUGGCUUUGGCGCUCUUUUUCGUGACCUUUAGGCGCUCGAGGCGGAGAAACGAGCCUCCUCUGGACAGAGGGAGAGUCCCGUGGCUCGGCCACGCUCUGGAGUUCGGGAGAGAUGCUGCUCGGUUCCUGACGAGGAUGAAACACAAACAUGGAGACAUCUUUACGGUUUGUGUGGCUGGUCAUUACGUGACUGUUCUGCUGGACUCCAAUAGCUAUGAUGAUGUACUUGCGGACAAACACUCUUUGGAUCUGACUCGCUAUGCUCAGGUUUUGAUGAAGAGGAUCUUCCGUCUUCGUUUGCCUAAUCUUGACCCAGUAUCUGAGAGGAGAAUGGUGGAACAACACUUUAAGGGAAUCAGUCUAAACCGACUCUGCAGCACAAUGCAGAACAACCUAAACCUCCUUCUGGCAUCAGAAACCACCCAGAACCCAGCCGGAUGGAAAAAAGACGGACUCUUCAGCUUCUGUUACAGCUUGCUCUUCAAGGCUGGUUAUCUUACCCUAUUUGGCACAAAGAACAACAACCAUGCUGAUUUAACUGAGGUUUACGAGGUUUUUCGGCAGUUUGACAAGCUUCUACCAAAACUGGCACGGCGCGCUGUGCGGAAAGAUGAGAUCACAGUUGCCAACUCGGCACGAGAGCAGCUGUGGGAGCUGCUGUGUCCAGCCUGGUUUGCCAAGGGAGCAGAGCCCCAGUCAUGGUUGCAGACCUACAUACAGCACCUGGAGGAGCAGGGUGUGGACCCUCAGACACAGCGACAAGCCAUGCUGCUCCAGCUGUGGGUUACCCAGGGUAAUGCAGGUCCUGCCGCAUUCUGGUUGCUGGGCUUCCUGCUUACUCACCCCGAGGCACUGAGAGCAGUGAGAGAGGAGUUGAAAGGCCUACAGCACCUCCCUCUGGAUGAGAGAGAGAACACUCCUGUCUUUAAUAGUGCCCUGAAGGAGACUCUGCGCCUCACUGCUGCCGCCCUCAUCACCAGAGAAGUGAUGCAUGAGAAAACAGUUCGUUUGAGCGAUGGCAAGGAAUACACUCUGCGGCAUGGUGAUCGUCUCUGUAUCUUCCCCUUUCUCAGCCCGCAGAUGGAUCCUCUGGUCCACCAUGAACCAGAGAAGUUCAAGUUUGACCGUUUCCUAAAUGCUGAUGGAACAAAAAAGAGAGAGUUCUUUAAGGAAGGUCUGAGAAUGAAGUAUGGCACCAUGCCGUGGGGAGCUGGGAGCAACUUGUGUCCAGGGCGCAGUUUUGCUAUUAGUGCUUUAAAACAAUUUGUCUUGAUCAUUUUGACACGGUUUCAUCUGGAGCUGAGUGACUUCAGUGCUUGCAUGCCACAGGUGGACCCCAGUCGUUAUGGGUUUGGAAUGCUCCAACCAUAUGGAGAUUUGGAAAUCCGCUAUAGACUCAGGACAUGAUUCCAUAUAAUCUCAAAUCCAGUCAUAUGCUGUACAUUGUUCAGUUGCUUCACUGUUUAUUUAAAGAUGUGCUUUUGUAUGUUCUUUUUAUUUAU